AGAAGAAAAAAUAGAAUUCUCUUUCAAAAUAUUAAAAAACAACCAUUAUAGUAUCCUAUCUUUAUUUAAAGCUGUCUGUAAACAGAAGAGUUAGCUUUUUUUCACACUGGAAUAGUAUAUAAAAUGACUUGAAUAACGAGUUUUAAAACAGAAUACGAGUUUAGUAAACGACUUGCAAAAUUUAUAGAACUAAACAUAUUCAACAACUGAAUUAAAAAUUAAAUACAUUUGAGGUUAUUAAAUUUUUUAACAGCUUAGAAAAUAUUUUGAAUGUUAAUAUACUCUGAAAAAAUUAUUUUAGGUAUCUGACAGUGCUCAUAAAGGUAAAUAUAUAUUUUAUAAUGCAGGUAAUAGUAUCCUAUUAUGCAAAUAAUUUGAAUAAAUUAAACUCUGACAAUUUCAUUAACAUCAAAAUAAUUACAGUAAAUUAGUUAAUAGAGAAAAAUUUGAAAUUGUGCCUUAGUGCGUAAUAUUAUCAUCUUAAAAAUAGUUUCGAAAACCGAAAAGAGAAUUUAGUAAAAGCAGAAAAUAUCAUUAAAAUUUAGGUAUUCGUAAAUGAUAUAGGCUGCAUAUAACUUAAUUAAAUUGUAUGGGCGGUAGAAAACAAUAAAAUUUGCACUUAUUUAAACACAGCACUUCGUAAAUUGAUAGUUUCCAUUCGCAAAAGAGAGAAAAAGACUAAAAACAAUGCAGUAUUGCAAAAAGCAACGUUUAUAAAAAGGCGCCAACUUUUAAGAUCUAAAUUUAUAUUUUUAAAAGUAAACAAUUCGUCAUAUUUUUGAAAACUGAUGUAUUGCUUUCAGCAGCAUUAUACAAGCUAUUUCUGACCAAUAUUGUGAACUAUUGCGAGAAAAGCACAUUUAAAAUUGCAUUUCGCUAAUACUAAGUUAAAGAUCUUGGAAGGAAUAAAAAUUAAAAAAUAUAUAUAAAUCAAAAAAACUUUUAAUAAAAUCUCGUAUAAAACUUUUCGGUAAUUAUUAAUAUCAUAAAGCAUAGUAGCAUAAUUACUCAUUUAUGUCAGAUAUAGCAUUAAUUAAGAGUAAUUUAUAAAGAUCUAGAUCAGCCUUGUUUGAUAAGUUCGAAAAAAAGUACUGGAAGAUCGGCUGAUUAAACGCACAUAAAAUUGCAUAUAUCCUGGAGCAGUAAAUGAUGCAUGUAAGUUCAAUAACAACAACAAAAUCUUAGGGAUUUCUUCCCUUGUAAUAUCAAAUCCAAUAUCGAACAAUUUUUAAGCUUGGUGAUAACAUAUUACAAUACUGGAGAACGUUAUAGCAUACUUUAAAAGUUCGAAGGACUGCGUUUUAACUACGCAACAGAAAGCUUUAAGGAGGAGAUCAUCUUCAGAGCUUUUGGAUUUUCUAAAAAGCAAACUGUUCUAUAUGAGCUUAUAUCCGCAAAAGGUUGAUUCCUUGGAGCUAGAUUUGGACGCGGUGAAGCAGAUCACUAAGCUGUCACCGCCUAUAAGAUGUUCGGCGGAUUCUUAUAACUCAUGCCCGCCGCCGCUCAUAUCUCCCUCAACAAUGUUGGAUCUAGAGUGUGUCAAGAGACAUUGCACCAGCAGUGAAUCUCACGUCACGAUGGAAAUUACGAACUUGCCACUCUCUUGUGACCAAAGAGGAGACAGAGAUGACCAUCAUCACCAUGACAGGCCCCGAUUCGACGGGCCUAAACUCUUUUACUGGUGGUCAUGGACCCUAGGUCUCACAGACCUUCUAGAAGAUGCUCCCAGGAAUGAUGCAGCCAACUGUUUCCUCCGUCCUGCUAUCAAGACCCUGGUGUUGUUGAUCUUGCAUGCUUUUGCUAUCCACUACGUGAUACUUCUGGGUUCACCUAACAGAAGUGGUCAUUUGUGGUUUACACUCGUGGUAUCCGUUGAUGCCGUGACCACCGUCAUACCUAUGGAUAUACUGCUCUUCAGGGUCAAACGAGUGAGGAACCUGACUUGCCAACUGCAAACUUUGCAUUUCGAAAAAUCAGCCUCCGAAACAAAGAGUUACAAAUGGGAGACGGUGGCCGUGGUAGUCACAGUUUUGUUCUUGGUGUUCUAUGUAGUGGCACUGUCCAUCAUAAUCCAGUCUUGGGACAUCCACCACAUGUUGGAAGCUCACUUGCCCUAUGUUCAACCAGUUUGUAUGUCGGAACAAUGUGCUUAUAAUGUGGUACUCUUGGUGUGGGGUACACACGUAAUGCUCAUCUGGGGUGUGAAAGCCUUCCUCGUAUUGUUCUUUUGCUUCAUCUGCAGCAACAGCCAAUUCCAGUUCGAGUGCUUGAACAAAAGUCUCAUCAUGAUGAAGGGAAAAGCAGACGUGGUGGAAGCGACUAUCAUCCACGAUAUAGCAGUUGAUCACAACAAACUGUGCGAACUGGUCUUUGAAGCAGAUAGGUUGUUCAAUGCAUCUGUCUUCAUCUGGUUUGCUUUUGUCCUCCUCGUGAUAUGCGUGGAGGUGAACAGCUUCCUCAGGCAAGAAAAGGGUCUCAUUUCCAGCGGUGGAACUGUUAUCAUGGUUCUAGAUUUCCUGUACGCCAUCGCGAUCGUGAUUUAUAUCGUGAUCGGAGGCUGUCGAGUUGCCGAAGUGGCGUUACAAACUAUUCCCUACAUCGUGAAUUUCGCUCGUUCCAAAGAGAUGCCCAGCCAGAGUGUCUACAAUGAAGUGCAGCUUAUUAUCAAUCGAGUCACUGUGUUCCCCGUAACGUUCACUGUCGGCAAGUUCUUUUAUAUAACCAGGAGCAUUCUCAUAACACUGGUGAGUGCUUUGUGCACAUACAUCAUAGUCCUUGUGCAGAUGAGUCCGGCUGUAAUGGAAAGCUUGAACUCAGGAUCUUGAGACUUCGUUACCGAACUCUUGGAUUUAUACUAUGAAUAAUUUGGAUUUAUUUCUUCCCUGUUUCUUUCGAUCCAAAAGUGAUUCUUUAUCUUCCAUGAUUGUGCAAAAAGGAUUAGUUCUAUGUUAAAACGAAUUCAAAAACUACAAAUGAUGUAUAAUGUAUUUACAUGUAAAUUAGUGUUCAAGACCUUCAGCUGUUAUAUUUCUGCGUUGGUAUGUGCUCAUAUUAACUGUUCGUAUAGAAUAAAUAUUUAA